AUGGUGUCUGGACACGGAAGUCGGAUCGUGAACGGCAAACCGGCGGCGGACCACGAGUUCCCGGCGCUGGCGUCUCUGCACGUGAACGGCAGCCACUACUGCGGCGCCAACGUGCUGAACGAGAACUGGCUGGUGACCGCCGCUCACUGCGUCACCACCAGCAAACCGUCUCAGCAGUACAUACUGGCCGGCACGAACUCACAGACCAGUGGAGGGUCCAUCCACCAAGUGGAGCAGAGCAUCGUACACGAGAACUACACUGGACUGGUGGACUCAGCUGCAGACAUAGCAUUGCUCAGGGUCAGUUCACAAAUACGCAUCAAACAUGGUGGAUUUCGUGUACUUCUUAACAUUCCUUUGUUGUGUUCGUGUAUGAUGUAA